AUGGCCCACGAGGAGGACUCUAGGUGGACGCCCUGGCUCCCUGUCCUGGUGGUGUCCCUGAUGUGCUCAGCCAGAGCAGAGUACUCCAACUGUGGCGAGAAUGAGUACUACAACCAGACCACGGGGCUGUGCCACCAGUGUCCCCCCUGUGGGCCAGGGGAGGAGCCAUACAUGUCCUGUGGCUACGGCACCAAAGAUGAGGACUACGGCUGCGUGCCCUGCCCAGCGGAGAAGUUUUCCAAAGGAGGCUACCAGAUCUGCAGACGCCACAAAGACUGCGAGGGCUUCUUCCGGGCCACCGUGCUCACACCGGGGGACAUGGAAAACGACGCCGAGUGUGGGCCAUGUCUCCCUGGCUACUACAUGUUGGAAAACAGACCCAGGAACAUCUACGGCAUGGUCUGCUACUCCUGCCUGCUGGCUCCCCCCAACACCAAGGAAUGUGAGUGAGCUACUGCUGGAGUGGGUGGGUACGCAGAGCUUCUCCAGGGAGCACCCAGCCUGUCCCCACAGCAACAUGCUCACUGAGAGCUUUCGGGCCAAGGACACCUGGCCACCGCCCUGAUCAUUGCCAUGUCCACCAUCUUCAUCAUGGCCAUCGCCAUCGUCCUCAUUAUCAUGUUCUACAUCAUGAAGACGAAGCCUUCAGCCCCAGCCUGCUGCACCAGCCCCCCAGGGAAGAGCGUGGAAGCCCCAGUGAGCAAGGACGAGGAGCAGAAGGAGGCCCCAGACGACGUGGUGAUUUUCUCCGAGAAGGAUGAAUUUGAGAAGCUGACAGCGACGCCGGCAAAGACCACCAAGAGUGAGAACGACGCCUCCUCUGAGAACGAACAGCUGCUGAGCCGGAGCGUGGACAGUGAUGAGGAGCCAGCCCCCGACAAGCAGGGCUCCCCGGAGCUGUGUCUGCUGUCGCUGGUGCACCUGGCCAGGGAGAAGUCUGCCACCAACAAGUCAACUGGGAUCCAAAGCAGAAGGAAAAAAAUAUUGGAUGUGUAUGCCAAUGUGUGCGGUGUCGUCGAAGGUCUCAGCCCCACAGAGCUGCCGUUUGAUUGCCUCGAGAAGACAAGCCGAAUGCUCAGCUCCACAUACAACUCUGAGAAGGCGGUUGUGAAAACCUGGCGCCACCUUGCUGAGAGCUUUGGACUGAAGAGGGACGAGAUUGGGGGCAUGACAGAUGGCAUGCAGCUCUUCGACCGCAUCAGCACGGCGGGCUACAGCAUCCCAGAGCUGCUCACAAAACUGGUGCAGAUUGAGCGGCUGGAUGCUGUGGAGUCCUUGUGUGCAGACAUACUGGAGUGGGCCGGGGUGGUGCCACCCACCUCCCCACCCCCCACUGCAUCCUGA